ACUGAAACGACUUCACUGUCAUCCUCUAGUGCUCAUUCUGAACAAAACCUGUCUUCUCCACUCGUUCUUCACUGAGUAAAUUUAUACUGUGGUUUAUUACCUAAUUUUCUUUUCCUUUAUUUAGUAUUUUAACUUAGAGUGCCCAAUAAGUUAUCUUGAGGACGCUUUUCUGAUGCCAUUGCCGAUGAUGGGCAGGAUGAAUAGAGAAAUUUGUAUGAGAAUGCGAGCUUUCUUCGUUUUGGCAAUUUUUGCAGCGUCAACUUGCGGAUGCUUGGGGAUUACUACAUAUACUGACCCCAGAGAUGUUGAAGCGAUUUCUGAUUUGUAUAUUGCUUUGGGUCAUCCACCUCUUUCCGGUUGGAGUAUAACCGAGGUAGACCCAUGCCUGGAACCAAACAAAUGGCAAGGCGUAGAAUGUGUGUUCUACAAUAUAACUGGGAUAAUUCUCAGCGGUGCAAAUUUGACUGGUGAAUUGAGCCAGAAUUUGGGAAACUUCACUUCACUCAUAGAACUGGAUCUGAGCAACAACCAUAUUGGAGGCAGCAUUCCACCCAGCUUGCCUACUACUAUCCAAACAUUUUCACUUGCAGGUAAUCAUUUAAUAGGGAGCAUUCCGGACACAAUAUCCACAUUGGGACUAAUGACUGACUUGAAUUUGUCUGGUAACAACUUAAGUGGUCAACUUCCUCCUUCAAUGGGGAAUUUGCCUUCUCUUACCACCUUGGAUUUGCAUAACAAUCAGUUGUCUGGUUUUCUUGAUGUUCUACAAGGCCUUCCAUUAAUCAAUUUGAACAUCGAGAAUAAUCUGUUCUUUGGGCCAAUACCUGAGGAGUUGAAGAGCAUACAAAACUUCAGUAAAGAUGGAAAUCCCUUCAACACUACUGUCAUCCCUUCACCACCCACCUUACAACCUUCUCCAGCACCUACAUUACCAUCCUCACCAUCACCAUCACCUAUUGGAGCUCCUCAAAUAUCUCCAAAUGUCGCAUAUGGUGAAGUCUUAUUCCCGCCACAGCUUUCCAUUGGGGAAAAGAAUGAUGGUGAACACAAAAGCAUCAGCAAAAUUGUAAUUGGAGGGUUGGUUAUACUUGUAGUGCUUCUAUGUGUAUGCCUUUUAGCUUUGUCAAACUUUUGCAAGAGAUCACGAAAUAAGGGCCACAAAGCAUUUCAUGCUUUACCCAGCUGGAAAACCCCCAUAAUUGACCAAUAUAUGCAGAAACCAGAUAGCCAAGCACAGAAAGUUAAAAGAAAUGAAACACCAGGUGCAAAGGAUCAGGGGAAUAAUAGUCACAUGUCAUUGGCAUUGAAUGAGAGUGGAUGGACAAAACAUACUAGGAUUAAGUCUUCAUGGUCUGAGAAGGAUGAUGAUUCUCAGUUGGACAUCCUACCACAACCCCCAUCUCCCUACUUGACACUCCCUUCUGAAAGGAUUAUUCAAAAUGCAAAGAUUCCUCCUAUAUCCACAACAAACCUUUCUAGCUCAAACAUGAGCUCUGAAAGUUGUUACAAAGUUGCAGAUCUCCAACAAUAUACAAAUAGUUUUUCUCAGUAUAAUCUUAUUGGAAAAGGCAUGCUUGGUUCAGUGUACAAAGGCCACCUACCUACUGGAGAGCUGUUGGCAGUCAAAAAAUUGGAUAAUGAUGUGACAAAGUGUCAAAAUGAUGAAGAACUUCUUAAGCUGAUCUGUACAAUAUCAGGACUUAGACAUGAUAAUAUCGUUCAAUUUAUGGGCUAUUCUAUAGAACACGGUCAACGGCUACUAGUAUAUGAGUAUUGCGAUAAUGGAAGCCUUUAUGAAGCAUUACACGUGGAUGAGGAGAUGCAUAGACAACUUUCAUGGAAUGUUCGAGUACGAAUUGCUCUUGAAGCUGCCAGAGCACUAGAGUAUAUGCAUGAGGUCUGCCACCAUCCAACUUUGCACCGGAACUUUCAAUCUGUUAAUGUCCUUUUAGACUUGAAGCUUACUGUGCACAUUUCAGACUGUGGUUUGGCUGCUCUUGUGCCAUCCAAAUCCAUGGCUGUGCUGCAAGGUUGUGGCUAUGGAGCACCAGAACUUGAACUGGGAAGCUAUACUUGUCAGAGUGAUAUUUACAGCUUUGGUGUUGUUCUACUAGAACUACUCACAGGGAGGAAAUCCUACGACGGGUCACGACCUCAAGGAGAACAAUUUCUGGUCAGAUGGGCAGUGACAAAGCUUCAUGACAUAGAUGCAUUAUCGAGAAUGGUUGAUCCUUCUCUAGCUGGCAAAUAUCCAUCCAAGUCUUUAUCUCGGUUCGCUGACAUAAUUUCUUUGUGUAUUCAGCCAGAGCCAGAGUUCAGGCCGCCUAUGUCUGAAAUAGUGCAGAGUCUGCUACACAUGAUGUAAGGAGGAGACCAUUGGGAGAGAGAUCAAAGGAGAUGUGAGGGAUGAGAGUUGGGGAAUGUCAUAUUUCUGGUGCUACACGCUUCACUGACUCAGAGCUUAUUUGUAGACUAUAGUUUUUCAGGCACUAAAUGAAAACGUCUGGUUUUUAUAGUACAAAUGUGCAUUGUGUUUCUUUAGUUCUUGGAAGAACAAAAAAUGUAGAUAUGUGUAUCAAUGUAUCAUGUAUGUAUGGAUGUGUGCAUGCAUGCAAGUAAUUAAGCAUAUAAGCAGAAGCAAAUUAAGAAAAAA